AAACGAAAACGAGCCAGCCGGGCAAACAACACUCACAUCUUACACCAGCCGCACUCCCGUGUCCUCCUCUCCGAGACGAGACGGACGGGACGGCAGGCACCACCGCACCGGCGCCACCCCACCCGCCGGCUCAGAGCGGGGGCCCGGCCACCCGAAUCACACAGAUCGGAACGCCGGAGGAGGAGCAACGCGGGCGCGGAGAGGCCCGCCAGCGAAGGCGCAGUGCAAGCUCUGGGUUCCCGGAUCCGAUACCACCGGCCUCUCGGCGAGUGUGUAAUCCAGCGAGCGAGCGCUCGGUUUUAGCCGUGAGAGCGGGAGAUGAGUGCUCUGAAGAAAUCCGACAAGAAAGCCGCCCUCGACUUCGCGGCAUGGAGCUUCAAUGUCACCACGUCGGUCGGACUCAUCAUGGUCAACAAGGCGUUGAUGGCUACGUAUGGAUUCAGUUUUGCCACGACAUUAACUGGGCUUCAUUUUGUGACCACUACCUUGAUGACUAUUGUAUUUCGAUGGUUAGGCCUGAGCCAGCCAUCCCACUUACCCCUAGCAGAUCUAGUUAAAUUUGUGAUAUUUUCGAACUUGUCAAUUGUUGGGAUGAAUGUGAGCUUGAUGUGGAACUCUGUGGGCUUUUAUCAGAUAGCAAAGCUGUGCAUGAUACCUGCAUCAUGUCUUCUGGAGGUUGUCUUUGAUCAUGUACAUUAUUCCCGGGACACAAAGCUGAGCAUAAUGGUUGUGCUUAUAGGAGUUGCAGUCUGCACAGUUACUGAUGUCAGUGUGAAUGCAAGAGGUCUAAUCGCGGCUGUUAUAGCUGUUUGGAGCACAGCUUUGCAACAAUAUUAUGUCCACUUUCUCCAACGCAAGUACUCUCUGAACUCAUUCAACCUGCUGGGCCACACUGCUCCAGCCCAAGCUGGGUCACUCCUGCUAGUGGGACCAUUUGCAGAUUACUUGUUGACAGGCAAAAGGGUGGAUCACUUCAGUUUCUCAUCGCUUGCUCUGUUUUUCCUGGCACUCUCAUGCUUCAUCGCCAUUGGUGUUAAUCUGAGCCAAUUCAUCUGUAUUGGGCGCUUCUCUGCUGUAUCCUUCCAAGUCCUAGGCCACAUGAAGACCGUACUUGUUCUGUCCCUUGGGUUCCUAUUCUUUGGCAAGGAGGGCCUGAAUCUUCAGGUAGUCCUUGGGAUGGUUCUGGCCGUUCUUGGAAUGAUAUGGUACGGGAACGCAUCUGCCAAACCAGGCGGCAAAGAGCGGCGCAGCGUCCUACCGCUGAGGUCUGCAAGUCUCAAGGGAAGUUCAGAAGAAAAGGGUGGUGCCGAGAAAUAGUCUUGCUCUCUCUGACUGCCAACUUGAAUGGGGAGUUUUCCGUUCCAAGGUUGAAUUUCUGGUGAGGUGACGUGAAGUACCACAUAUUGGGAACUCUUGCCUAAUGUUUGACGCAGAGGACAAACUCGUUCCAUCUAGAAACUCAGGAUCGUUAUAGUUACAGGUAUACUGUAAAGGUUCAUUUUUUUUUGGCGCUCUGAAUCAUUUGCAGUGAGGGGAAAGACAGACAUGGUUGUUACGAGUCUUCAAGACAGUUUUUUUAUCGAAUAUAUAAUGCAGUUGUUUGAGGAA